GUGUGUGUGUAUGCAUCAGCACGCGCUCACUCAGUCCUCUGCUGAAGAAUGAGAGCGUUUCUAAAGAACGGAAGUGGACCGACCAUUUUGAAACCCCGCACCGCUUAGCACAAUGGAAAAGGGCCACACGGUUAAGCUCUUCGUAGGGAAUCUGGCCCUGGAUACCACGCAAGAAGAACUGUCAGCCAUCUUUGAGUCAUACGGCCAGGUUGUUAGCUGUAGCGUUUUGAGGCAGUUUGCUUUCGUACACCUUCAAGGAGAGGGCGCUGCUGAACGUGCCAUUCGGGAGCUCAAUGGCCGAGAGUUUAAAGGGCGUAACCUCGUGGUCGAAGAGUCCCGAGGACGCCCACUCCACUCGACGAAGGUGUUUGUGGGUAAUCUGAGUAGUAUGUGCACCACAGAAGACCUCCAGGAGCUGUUUCAGACCUUUGGGAAAGUUUUGGAGUGUGAUAAGGUGAAAGGUUAUGCUUUUGUACACAUGGAGAACAAGGAAGAUGCGCUGCAGGCUAUUGAGGCUUUGCACGGGACCUCUUUCAAAGGACGACCACUAUCCGUGGAGCUGUCCAAAGUUCAGCCAAGCAAACAGGCACCAACUGGGAAAAUCCCAUGUGUGAGCUGCGGAAAACAGGGUCACUAUGCCGGUGAAUGCCCAGCUGGGAAGCCCACCCUGGAGCAGUACCAGAGCCAAGCGGCCGUGUUAGCAGCCGCCGCUGCCGCCGCCGCCGGCCUCCCGCUACAGGUUCAACAGAGCGUCCACAAUUCGGUAUACAACACCUCAACCUUUGACCCCACCUAUGCUGCUUUGACUGGACUUACAGCUGCUGGUGCAAGAGCCGAAGGUGGAACCGCGGUGGCACCAGCCGUCUACGGAGCACUAGCUAGUCAAGUGUACGGUACGGUUGCCAAUCAGCUCUACGGUGGGACAGUUGCAAAUCAGGCACUCAACAACAGUGCUGCCGCAGCUGCCGCACAGAUGUAUGGCUCCGUUAACCCAGCUUUCUAUGGGCAGAUGACGAGUGGAGCAGUCGCAGCCGCCGCAGCAGCCGCCGCUGCAUACGGUCAACAGGUUUACACGCCCGCCAUGGCAAAUCAAUUGUUUCUAACUGCAGCGCCGAGCAUGGAGGUACCAGGAGGUACUGCUGUUAACCAAGCUUAUACGGUAGCACCGGCUCUCUACAGCACGUCCCCGGCUUACGGGGCUCUUGGGGCAGCUGACACAGCAGCUUUCUUUGAGGCAGCAAGGGCACACUACUUUGCACAAGGACAGCAAGUGCUAGCUGAACAGCAACAGGCUAGCUCAAAGUCUGGCGAGAGGGACCGGAGUCCACUACGAAGAUCUGCCCCACUUCUGCCUGACCCUGUUAUGAAACCAUUUAUGUACCAGAGGGCCAAGCGCAGAGCCUUGUUGCCCACACCUGCAGGUCGAGAAGAAGCCGCCGCACAGGAGGACGACCCUGUAGCCAGAUAUUACGCGGAAUACUACCAGCAGUACCAGCAGCUGCAGCAAUACCAGCAAUACCAACAAUACCAACAAUACCAGUAUGCGUAUCCACCUCCCAACCACCUUGCAGCAAUGUCCGCACUGCAGGCUUUGCCCGGUGUCCCGACUCAGCAGGUGGCAACGCUCGAGUCCCUCAGGCCAGUCCUGCCCGCCGCCUCCGUGCCUGCCAUCGCAAUGGCAACACCUCGCGUGUAUGAGCCACCGCCGAUACCGCCGUCGCACAAGGAGCCCCUCCUCCGCCGCCCCGAACUCGCCCUACACACCCCUGAAACACCCUUCCGAUAGUGUGCUCCACGUCCUCUCUGCCUCUCCUUUCCUUGUGCUGCGUGUGUGUGUGUGUCAGAAAGAAGCCACAGGUGUAUGUUUGACGUGUGCGCUUGGGUUUAAGACGGUGGCUGUGUCAGUUUUAACUAUAGACUGGAGUCUCUAACCUUGGUUCUGAUCUCUCACACACACCCAGUGUAGUCAGGGCUUGAAAAGGGAAACUGCAUGCUCUCAUUCCUGCACACUAAACCAAUAUAACACAUUGUCUGUUUAAAGAAACCUUCAAUCUAAUAGCCAGUUAGUUUUGAGGGGUAGAUUAGGCACUAGCCAUGAUGCUUUUUAACUUUUAUAUUAAGUGUUUGUAGCCUAUGAAUGAAUACUGGACUUGAUCUUUUUAAAUAAUGCUUGAUUAUUAUAGUUAUAUGAACCAGUUUACACACUCAUUUAGUUAAGAUGUUAGAUUUCAAUGCAUUGCAAGAACAUUUAAAUAAGUUGAAUGUAUGUUUACUCCAAAGGUGUGUGAAGUGUAGGACCAGGGUUGGAAAAGUAUUUCACAUGUCUUUGUGUGUUUCUUGUUUUUCUCUGGGACUGGUGUAGCGUGUAUGCUUUCCAUUGGUUGACACGACAGGAAGGCACAUGUGAACAGGAAAGCGACCUCGAUCCACAUGCACAUACAUACGCAUCUCUUACACCUCAGAUGGGAGAAAAUUUAGUGAUGACCUUUAACCCCACCCUUCCAUCCCUGUCCACCCAUCCUGAAAGCUGAAAGACACUGUGACUUCUCUCCCCUCCAACUUUGAUGUAGCUACUUCCGUAGAUAUGGUGAUGUAUGGGCAGCCAAUCAGAGGAAGGUUUAGCUAGUCAGCUUUAGCUGGGAUCUGUCUUAUGGGAGCAUCUCUAUGCUCGCCAACUUAACUGCCAAGAUGCAUUGUAGAAUCUGUUUUUGUAAGUGUCUUUUAUUAUUGCUAUCAUGUUUUUAUAAACAGUGACAAGGGACUCGCGUAUCAUUUUAAAGAGAAAUACUCUGCUUAAUUUUUAACUUUUGUUUACAGCUAUAAGAAAGACGAAAUGUUCUUUCUUGUGGCUUUUUUCCACAAUGAUUGUUUAUAGCCAAAAUUCUCUUUUUUCUAGAAGAAAAAAAAAAACCCGCCAAAAUCAUGAGUGGCCUAUGAUUCAUAUGCCUUAGUAGUGAAAUGUAUUCAAGUUUGCUAUUUUUUUUAUCUGUAGUCUUAAAAUGUGAAACUGGAUUAAGGCUACACGAAAGUGCUGUAUUUUCUGUGGUGCUGUGAUUUGGGAUUAAAUGAAAUUGGGAGAUUCCUAUCAGUUUCUUUCAGUCUUCCUGCUCAUUUCGCUGCUGCAACUCUGUAGAUGACCCUCACUGCAUCUCUCUCCAUCUCUCUUUGCAUCUGCCUCUCAUUUAGUGACAGUAUUUCAUUUGUUUACCGUACCCCUGUUCGCACCUACGUGCUGAGGAUGCCAGUGUGUGAAUGUGAUCUUAGAAAACGUUUUGCAUUGACAUUCAUGUUUGUAGUUUACGGUAACUGUUUUUGCCGCAAGUGUUCUCAGAAGAGAAGACUUAAAGAUCUGUACAUGAUCUUUACUGACUAUAACACGCCUUCGAAAAA